UACUUACAGGUUUUCUGGCCUGUGUGAACAGUGUGAAUAGAGCCACGCAGUCUUCCACAGUCUUCAACGUGUCAUUAGAGUUAGAAUUUUUUUGCUGAGAGUGUGUUUCAGAUAUAUGUAAAGGCUCGAUUCGUCGGAAACAUGCCGAGUAUAGAAUUUGAGCAACGAAGCAGCGGGUGCGACAGCAUUGCGACGUCUGAGACACCAAUGUUUUCAGAUUUCGAAUUUUUAGAAGAAAGUAGCCAAUUUAUUUCUGAUGACCUUUUCCAAUCAUGGAGUUCUGAAUUAGGAAUACCCAUAGUGCCAGAAGAAAAUACAAUCUUGGAUUAUAAUAAAACGACGAAUGAAGGGAUGAAAAAUAUGUUUGACUUAUGGGCCCCAUUUAAAGAAAUUAAUUUUUACUGUGCACAAGAUAACACUGGAGUAGAAAAAAUGGAUGAGAUAACAAAUGAAAUUAAAUAUGAACCUGAAAGCCCGACUGCACAAUUUCCAUUAUCACCUAGUAGCCUUAAUCAUUCAGAAUCUAAUGAUUCAGAUAGGCAAAUAAGAUGUUACAUACCAGAAGUGGCAAACUGCAUGAUGCAAGAUAUAAAAACAGAAUUUACUGUAGAGACAUUGCCAAUUUCUUCUCAACAAUGCAUAUCUCCAUCAUCGCAAUCACUUCAGUCAUCCAUAAAUGCAUCAAGUGCAAUGCAACAAGUUACAUUCAUACAUGAUAAUAAGAAAGAUUUAAAUCCAACAAAAUAUAUCACAAAAUCAGCAGGAACUGAUUCUACAAAGUACACUCCCAUCCAGCCCAUAAAUAUUGCACAAAAUAUAAAAUAUGGCAAACCUCCAAAUACUAUCUUUGUUCAUGAUACCACACAGAAUGCAAAUUCACAGCAUGUAUUGUAUCCCUCGAAACGUCAGGUAUUACCAACAAAUAAACAACAAAAAUUAUUAAAUAUUAAAUCAAUUAAUAAAAAAAUGGAAACCACGGUCCAAUUACCACAAAAUGUAAAAAUAAUCAACACUAUAGCAAACAUUUGUCCAUCAAAUACUACAAAGUCGAUAGAUGCUUGUACUAUUUUAAAUGAUGGCUCUGUUAUGAAAUGUAACAACGUUGUUGUUGCAAAUAAAACUAUGAGUUGUACACCAUUUCAAGUAGUGCAGAAUAAAAUAAACUCCAAUUCAUUAAUUGUACAGAAUGAAGCAAUUGGCCUCAUGAAUUGGCCAAAAAACAAUCAGGAAUUAAAGGCAUUAAAAAGACAACAAAGAAUGAUAAAAAAUAGAGAAUCUGCUUGUCUUUCGCGAAAGAAGAAAAAAGAAUAUGUGUCUUCUUUGGAGAAACAAGUAUCUGAGUUGAAGGAAGAGAAUAGACAAUUAAAAUCGGAAAAUACCGUCUUAAAACAGAGGCUAUCAGAAAUAGAAAACAAUAUCACAGAUAAUACAGAUAAUAAAAAAUAUAAAAGUUUAAGUAAACCUUUGAAAAAGAAAGUGAAAAGAACUGCUUCGAUUAUCCUUUGUGGUAUAAUUUUCAUGAUAUCUUUCAACAUUGAUGGUUUUAGGGGGACGCUUUCACAAAAUGUACAUUCACAAAAUUUUAAAACUGAAUCUAACAGUUUAUCAGUGCCUGUGGCAGAGGAUAAACAUAACAGAAGAUUGUUCUGGACGGUAGAUGAAAAUGAUAAUAUGGAAGAUCGAAUUGAAGAAAGUUUUAAUAAAAGUGUACCUGUACAUCAACCAAUAUGUCCAAUGUAUAUUAAUCAGAGCGAGUCGAUACGUUUAGAUAAUGAGUUGAGACGUUGGAUUGUUGGUGAAUCUGACCAAAACAAUCAAACUGCUCUAAGGAAAACGAAAUUACAAACAAAUUCAUUAAAUGUAUCAUUGUCGAGACUACCAUUGCAGGAAAAGACAAGAAGAAAAUUAUAUUUAUCACGAGAUAGAAAAGUAAAAACUAUGCACAGAAUGAUCGACAUUCCUGCCGUUGAUCAACAUUCAGAUAAUAAUGCACUUGAAAUCUUUUCUCCGAUAUUGAGUGAACAUGCUUCUUUAUUUGAAGCUUUAGGGAGAAAAGACGACACAUUUUACGUUGUCUGGUUUAGUGGCGAACAUUUAUUAUUACCAGCUUCCCGGAAAAAUAAUACUGCUAGACCGAAAAUGUCUUUAGUUUUACCUGCUGUAUCCAUAAACGGUACAUUUUCAACGCCACCUAAUCAUAUAACGAUGAUGCAAAUUGAUUGUGAAGUAACUAAUACGCAAUUGUUACAUUUACAACAGUCUAUUAUACCUGUCCACUUGCGAAACAGUAAACCUACAAGUCAAUCGAAUCAAUCUCAUCCUGUCGAGGAUAUAGAUGAUUCAUCCACAGAUAAUGUCACUAGAAAUUACAAACCAUACUUUUUGAAAGAAGCAAAUCGAAAACAUCGAUAUAAAAAACACCUUGUGCAUUGAUUAUAUAGAUAAAAAAAUUUUUUUGUUAAAAAUCUUGAGGUUUUAUGUACUGAAACUAUACACAUAAAUAUGUUCCUAGUCCUAUGAAAAAUGCAAAAGAUAUCAACGAUGCAAUUAAAAAAUGUUUAUGUAAUAAUUAUAAAUUUAUACUAUAUACUAUAGUUACAUAGUAUGUAUCAUAAUAAUAAUAAUCUAUAUUGAAUCAUA